AUGUCUGCCUGUAAAAGGUUGCUUUACUUUGUGAAGCACAGAAACUUAUGGACACAGGCUCGGAGAAAUGUCACGACUUGGUCUCCGGUUGGAGCUGCUUUCAAUGCCAAAACUCAGAGGCUGAACCUGUUCGAGAAAAACGUGGGUUUGUUUGGAGUACCAGAGCUGAGCUGUCCUGCAGGCUUCCAGGUUGCCACAAAGAAAGCUCUCAAAGACACAGAGCGCCUGCUGGAAAACGCUUGUUCUGGUCCUCCAGGGGUUGAGACAGUCCAGUCUUUUGACCAGCUCUCAGAUGGGUUGUGCAAAGUGGCUGAUCUGGCAGACUUUAUAAAAGUAGCACAUCCAGAUCCGGCAUUUCGUGAGGCUGCGGAGAAGACCUGCAUAGAAAUUGGCACAGUUGUGGAGAAGUUGAACACUAACGUUGAGCUAUGCCAAAGCCUAAAAAAACUACUGGACAACCCAGACAUUGCAGCUCAGCUGGACCCCGAUACGAGACGAGUGGCAGAGUUGUUCAUGUUUGACUUUGAAAUCAGUGGAAUUCAUCUGGAUGAGAAACUGAGGAAAGAGGCAGUUGCACUUCAUGUGAAGCUGUUGGAUCUCAACAAUGAGUUUCUGGUCAGCUCUCACCUGCCCAACAGAAUUGCGAGGUCUGCGAUUCCUGAACAUCUACACCUGCACUUUGCAAGUGAAGGAAGCUUUGUCCAAGUUGGGGGAUUACAUGCAGAUUCUCCUAAUGACUUGGUGAGAGAAAUUGCCUACAGGAUUUACCUCUACCCGAAUGCAGAUCUGAUGGAGUGUCUGGAAGAGCUGCUGAAAUGCAGAUACAAACUGGCCAAACUAGUGGGCUACGAGUCCUACGGACACAGAGCUCUAAAGGGAACAAUGGCCAAAACCCCAGAGACGGUGAUGAGCUUUCUUCAGUUGUUAACAGACAAGCUGUCAGACAGAACAGCCAAAGACUUUACGAUGAUGAGAAACAUGAAGAAAAAACUCAACCCUCGUAAUUCUGAGCUCAUGCCCUGGGAUCAUCCGUUCCUCAGUGGUGUCCUACGUGCUGAAAGGUACAACAUAGAGCCCAGUCUGUACAGUCCGUAUUUGUCUCUGGGCGCCUGUAUGGAGGGUUUGAACAAUCUCUUCUCUCAGCUGUACGGCGUGUCCCUCAUGUCCGAACACCCCACUGCUGGAGAGGUCUGGAGCCAGGAUGUCCGCAAACUGGCUGUUGUACAUGAGACAGAGGGAUUAUUGGGAUACAUCUACUGUGACUUUUUCCACCGGCAAGAUAAACCUCAUCAGGACUGUCACUUCACCAUCCGUGGCGGCCGCUGGUGCCAGGAAACGGGUCAGUACCAGCUUCCAGUUGUGGUGCUGAUGCUGAGUCUGCCCCACCCCACCAAGAGCGCCCCCACCCUGCUCACUCCGGGCAUGAUGGAGAACCUCUUCCACGAGAUGGGACACGCCAUGCACUCUAUGCUAGGGCGCACUCGCUACCAGCAUGUGACAGGAACCAGAUGUGCGACUGACUUUGCUGAAGUCCCCUCCAUCCUCAUGGAGUACUUUGCCACUGACUAUAGAGUCAUCAGCCAGUUUGCACGCCAUUAUGAAACUGGACAGCCUCUGCCCGAGACUAUGGUGGCUCGCCUGUGUGAGUCGAAGAAGGUGUGCGGCGCCGCAGACACACAACUACAGAUUUUCUAUGCUGUCUUGGACCAGAUAUACCACGGCAAACCUCAGAACCGCUCCACCACAGACAUCCUGAAGGACAUGCAGCAGAAAUUCUAUGGCUUGCCUUACACGCCCAAUACGGCAUGGCAGCUGAGGUUCAGCCACCUGAUUGGCUAUGGGGCCAAGUACUACUCUUACCUCAUGUCCCGUGCCGUGGCCUCCAUGGUGUGGAAACAGUGCUUCGUUCAGGAUCCUUUAAGCAGGGACAUGGGUGAGCGUUACCGCCGGGAGAUGCUGGCCCAUGGAGGAGCCAAGGAGCCCAUGCUGAUGGUGGAAGGGAUGCUGCAGAGACGGCCCACCAUUGAGGACUUCGUGGAUGCACUGGUGUCUGAGCUCAACCCGAACUUUGAGACCUUUAUCAUGGACUCUGAAAGCUGAAAGAUGCCUCAGGCGGCGUGGAAACGGACUCGAACCCUUACGAGGCAAACAGAGCACUAAUGCUGAGCCAAGAGGUGGAAGACAGAAAGGGUGCACACUCAUUCUUACGAGGCAUCUUUACUCUGCCUGUAAAUGAACUGUUAGCAUUUUAUAUAUUGCUGUUUUCUCUUAAAGUCACAUUGACUUAUUUGAUAUAUUUGGCUAAUUCUGCUGUUAAUAUAAGGUAAUAUAGUAAGAAUUAAAGAUAUGCUACUAAAACCUGAAAA